CUCUGCAGUGCCUGUGGAGUGGGGGUGGUGGUGGCUGUAGUGGGAGCGGCAGGGUUGGCGGCCUGCGGAUCAGUUGCACGCUGAGGAGGAGACGCGGAAGCUGGUGCUGCUCGGGAGGAAGCGCGACCGCUGGAAGGAGCGGGCCUGCUGGUUCCGGUCUGAGGAGGUGGAAGGGCCGCCGCGGGUUCGAGCUGAGACGCUGAAAAAAAGGGGGAACCGAGAGAACGUCGGAAAAGGAAGAUGCUUAGUACAGACCUUCUGAUGUUGAAGGCCUUUGAGCCUUACUUUGAGAUUUUGGAAGCAUAUUCCACAAAAGCCAAGAAUUACGUAAAUGGGUAUUGCACCAAAUAUGAGCCCUGGGAGCUGAUUGCAUGGAGUGUCCUGUGGACCCUGCUGAUAGUCUGGGUGUAUGGAUUCAUCUUCCAGCCAGAGAGCUUAUGGUCAAGGUUUAAAAAGAAGUUUUUUAAGCUUGUAAGGAAGAUGCCCUUUAUUGGUAAGAAGAUUCAGAGCAAAUGUUCAGAGAUCAAAGAAGACCUUAGGAAGCAUUUGCAGUUCCUGAAAGUGGGUAAAGACUAUGUGAAAGCUCUGCCAGCCCAGGGUUUGAGCACGACGGCAGUCCUGGAGAGACUCAAGGAGUACAGCACCAUCGAUGGCGUCUGGCAGGAAGGGAAGGCCUCCGGAGCCGUGUACAACGGGGAGGAGAAGCUCACCGAGCUGCUCGUGCAGGCUUAUGCAACCUUUGUGUGGAGUAACCCACUACAUCCAGAUAUUUUCCCAGGAGUACGUAAAUUAGAGGCAGAAAUUGUGAGGAUGGCUUGUUCCUUGUUCAAUGGAGGACCAGAUUCUUGUGGAUGUAUGACCUCAGGGGGGACAGAAAGCAUACUGAUGGCCUGCAAAGCUUAUCGGGACCUGGCAUUAGAGAAGGGGAUCAAAACUCCAGAAAUAGUGGCUCCCGUAAGUGCCCAUGCUGCAUUUGACAAAGCAGCCAGUUAUUUUGGGAUGAAGAUGGUUCGGAUCCCUAUGAACAAGAUGAUGGAGGUUGAUGUGCGGGCAAUGAGAAGAGCCAUCUCCAGGAACACCGCUAUGCUCGUCUGCUCUGCGCCACAGUUUGCUCAUGGUGUGAUGGACCCCAUCCCAGAAGUGGCCAAGCUGGCCAUCAAAUACAAAAUACCUUUGCAUAUAGAUGCUUGUCUGGGGGGUUUCCUCAUCGUCUUUAUGGAGAAAGCAGGGUACCCACUGGCAAAACCUUUUGAUUUCCGGGUCGAAGGUGUGACCAGCAUUUCGGCCGACACUCAUAAGUAUGGCUAUGCCCCCAAAGGCUCAUCAGUUUUGUUGUAUAGUGACAAGAAAUACAGGAAGUACCAGUUCUUCAUUAGCACAGAUUGGCCAGGUGGCAUCUAUGCUUCCCCAAGCAUUGCAGGCUCACGGCCUGGUGGCAUCAUUGCAGCUUGUUGGGCCACCAUGAUGCACUUCGGUGAGAAUGGCUAUGUUGAAGCUACCAAACAGAUCAUCAAAACUGCUCGCUUCCUCAGAUCUGAACUGGAAAAUAUCAAGGGCAUCUUUGUUUUGGGGGAUCCUCAGUUGUCAGUCAUUUCUCUGGGCUCCCAUGAUUUUGACAUCUACCGGCUGUCUAACUUGAUGACUGCUAAGGGGUGGACCUUGAACCAGCUGCAGUUCCCACCCAGUAUUCAUAUCUGCAUCACGUUAGUACAUACACGGAAGCGAGUAGCAAUCCAGUUCUUAAAGGACAUCCGGGAAUCUGUCACCCAAAUCAUGAAGAAUGCUAAAGCAAAGGUCACAGGAAUGGGUGCCAUCUAUGGCAUGUCCCAGGCAAUCAUUGACAGGAACCUGGUGGCAGAAAUCUCCUCGGUCUUCUUGGACAGCUUGUACAGCACGGAUGCUAUAACCCAGGGCAACCAGAUGAAUGGUUCUCCGAAACCCCGCUGAGCAUGGGCCUUUACUGGUUCCUGAGGAUCCUGGCCUUCAGAAGGUUCCUCUGGGUGUGGAACAGGUCACUCACAACUUUGACAUCUUAUCUUGCUCCAUAGAGCACAAAGAUAGGCCAUAAGACAACUUGAGCCUCAGGAUUCUUGUUCCUCCUUUUGUUACUUUUUGUGAUUUUAAAUUUGAAGACCUUGGGGCUGGGGAUUUAGCUUGGCAAGCUCUAGGUUCGAUCCCCGGUACAAAAAAAAGAAGACCUGGAAGGAUUUUACUGUAUAACGAACCUAUUCUGGUUAGAAAUGUAGUAGUAGGAAUUGUUUUAACCAUUUCUUUCUUUAACUUCUCUAGUCCCCCCCCCCCCCCUAAUCAUUGUGUGGUGGCUCUGACCUGGAGGGAAGCUAUGCAAUCACAGAGGGUCUGUUACCCAGGCAGAGGCUUUAGCUAGCCAGGUGGGAGGCAUUUAUGUAACAGUGUUUCCCAGGUGAGUGUUUGGAGCACCUUAGGUGACAGGCUUUCUCAGCCCUGUGCUUAGAGUAGGUCAGAUGUCUCUGGUAGAAUCACUUCCACUGCAGCUUGCUCUGUUUUUGCAGGGUACAGGUUGACCAUAACGUACCCUGUGUGUGGGGAAGCAUGGCUGCUCGAGUAGCCAUGGCAGCGUUUAUAGUGCUCCACUACUUGCAGGCCCAUUUGAUAAACAGUCGCCUCUGUUUUUGGAGAUGCUUAUUUGAAGUGAUGCUCCCAUUACCUUGUUUUCUGUAGAAUAGGAUGAGAACAUGGUUAUCAGAGGAUCAAGGACUUUCUGGCUGUGGUCCUGCCUCCUUGACUUGGACAGCGGCCAGAGCACACCUAGCCCUCUCCUGGACCUAAGAUGAACAGACACCAGACCCUUUUCUGUACUUCCUGCAUGCCAUCAUAGGUGAACACCCAGUUUCAAUUAUGUGUUGCCAGAUUUGGUGGCAGUCCUCUGCUUCCCAUUGCCUUCAGCCAUGUGAUGAGAGUGUGCUCACUGAAGGAGAGCUCAGAGCACCUCCGCAAGUGGCCUUCACUUACCCUAAGUGGGUAUGAGGAGAGUGCAGGGAACAUGUUUCCUCCAUUCGUGUGCUCUUCCUGCCCAUUUCCCUGUGCCCAGCUUCCAAAGGUACUUUGGCAGUUUAUCCUCAGGCACUGGGUACCCCUCAGCCCUUGCUAAAAGGGAGCAGUGUAGGAUUAGGUAUACAUUUGGGAAUUGGAUAGUAUGGUGGCGAGCAGACAUUGUGGCCCUGGGCCUAGGAGUCUUUCAUAAGACCAGCUGCUCAGGGUGGUGCAGGGACAGGAAAAAAUUCUGUACCCACUUGCUACUCUCUUCUUCAUGUCUGGGGGCCCCUGAUCUAGGCUGAGUCACUGUCCUGCUCUAGCGACAUACCAUGUGCCUUUCUCUUAACAGUGGGCUCUUCUUGUUCUGGCCCCAGGGAAGUAGACCAGACUUUGAGAUUUCUGUGCAGAUUGGAGAGAAUUUAGAGCAAGUGAGGAGGGACUUGGCUCCCUUCACCUUCUCAGGGACUCCUGAAUAUGCAGGUUCUUCUGCAGAUGCUGUCAUCUGCCCCCCUCACUGGGGAAUGCUGGCUGAGGGCACCACAGCCACCAGACUUUCCCCCAGGGCCGUGUCUUUGCAGAGCUUGUGUGGUCCAUGCAUGCAUAUGUGCAUCCCUCCUGUUUGCAAUAUAUUGUGGGGUUCAAGAAUGGUGGGCUGUUGGGUAUGUCAGGGUAAGGCGAAGACCUUUAGGACAUAGGAAUCGUAUGCUUCCUUCAGUUGCUGGGCUGGUAGGUACCUCCUUGAGAGAAGCUGCCAUCUAAGCUGUGAAAAAGUUACCCUGGUCUCCAAUUCAUCAUUUUGGAGGAGGCCUAAAGACCCAGAGCUACCAGCAGGUACUAUUACGGCUGCUGGCUGCUAAAAUAGAAGGCCAUGCCUCACAGUCUCUCUGGGAUCAGACCCUAAGCUGCUUACUUCCUCUGUGCUGUAACCGAAUUAGUGCCAGGGGCUGAUGGCGUUUUGAAAGAUACCUAUUACAGCCAUUUUAAUUUCUAAUUAAGAGUCUUGGUUUGAUUUAACGCUUUUGUAGGCUUUUCAUUUUUGUGUGUAUUUGUGUGUGAAAGCACAGAAUACCUGUUCUGUGGCAGGUAGGAUGUCUUAGUAGUAUCAUGUUGCUAGCAGAUGUGAGAUUGGCCUCUGCACCCCAUUUUAUACUUGGAAAAUGGUACUUGCCUCUUUUAAGUCUUUUCUCUAACCUCCCUCUGCCUGUCUGCAUGUUCCUUUCCUAACUGCAGCAAUAAUCUCUUAAAAAGCAAUUAAAUAAUUAAAUAUCCUAAACUGUA